AUGGCGACGAAAUUGUCUACCUUGACGGCUCAUCCUCAUCAACCCCGUCGUCCUUCGCCCGUUCUUGCGGUCACUCCCUCUCUGCCGUCUAUACCUGGCUCGCCGCGCGAAUCGAUGGAUAUUUACGCCGAACCCGCUCUGAAUGACAUCGAUGGCGUAGUCACCAAACCCCAACUCGACUUGAGUCUGCUCGAACCCGACAGACCUGCCACUUCACCACCAGACAGUCCUAGAACCACAUCCAGUAGGCUCAAAAAGAAGCUCUUGCGGCCUCUGCAUCCUCAAGCAAAGUCAGUAGAUCCAGGUCACGCUACCGACGCUGCCCCAUUUGAUCUGAGCAAGCCGACGAUAAAGAUCAGCCUGGGCAGAGCGAGGACGACUUCCCUUCGCAGACGUUCCACUCAGCCUGAUAUCACAGCACUCGCUGCGCCCAUUGCGCUCCGGCCUUGCUCGGAAACGCAUCUGGUAGACGACUCGCUCACCCAAGAGCAACUCUCAAUGGCAAGCAAAGCAGCGACGGGCUUUUCUGCUCCAGGAGCCGGUCAUGCUGCCCAACAAGUUGCAAUGAAUGUACCUGGCGGACCAGAAGAAUCGCUAAGGACGUUCAGGCUGUUGGAAGUCCUCAAAGAUCUUGGCGAGACGCAAAAGGCAUCCGACACCGCUGCUCUUCAGAACGUCCUCGCCAGCUUUCCGACCUAUCGUCCCGAGGAUGGCAAGACGACACCUUUGCACCUUACCGUAAGAUGCGCAAAACUGCCCGUCGUGCAGACUGUACUCGCCAAACGCGCCUCUGACCUCAAUGUGAAGGAUGCUUGCGGAGCCACGCCGCUACAUCUCGCGGCCGGCGCAGGUCGACAGGAUGUCGUCGCUGUCCUGCUUGCGCAACCUGACAUAGACGAUACCAUCAGAGACAUGACCGGCAAGACCUGUCUCGAAGUCGCCAAAGGACCAGACGAAGCGAAUCUCAUCCAGAUGUCCCGAUCCCAAUUCAAUGCGACUUAUCUCGAUCUGUUUGCGAAAUAUCUCGAGAAUAGCUCUUCGAGCGGCCUAGCAUCAUCUGCCUCUUCCAUACAUGCUGGUCAUACGGGCAACUCACACUUUCGAAUGCAGAGUGCGAGCAAAGAUACUGCAGAAGAUCGCUCGCCUGCCCGGGAGACGUUAUACGCCUUUCUAGAACGUCCUCGCGCAGCUUGCAUCGAUUUCAGAGCCAAGCUCGGUGGCAAGAACGGCAUCACACUGCUUCAUGAGGCUGCUCGUCGACGCGAUCUCGAGAUGCUUAGGCUGUGUCACUCACUCGGAGCAGAUCUACUCGUGCGCGAUGCUAAGAACAAGACACCGGCUGACAGCACCAAGGACGAAAAGAUCAAGGCAUGGAUCAAGCAGGUCACCGCUGCCGAAGGCCGAUCACUCAAGGCUGGGACGGGUGGCCUCGCCUCUGCUUCUACGGGCGGUCAGAACAGUCUCGUGGGUCAGCAAGCUCUGCCUGCAAGGAGCGACUAUCUGUCCAAAUGGACUAACAUGGCGCGCGGCUACAAGGCACGCUGGUUUGUUCUCGACAAUGGCACGCUAUCCUACUAUCGUCACAAGGACGAUGAAGGCAAGGCUUCAAGAGGCAGCAUACACAUGGGUAUCGCUCGCGUUGUUGGUCCUUCACCUGAUGGUUUGCGAUUCGAGGUCUCAAACAAAGCUGGCAAAUAUCCGAAAUUAUUCCUCAAGGCGGAUCAUCCUGUCCAGGCAGCUCGCUGGAUUGAGGAUCUGAAGCAACACGCGAGCAUUGCAAGGUCAUCUACCAAUGGCUCUAAUGGCUUCUCGGACAUGUCACGCGCAGUUUCGGGCAGCAGCUCCUAUCCGCCUUCGAUCGCGCCUACUAUCGACGAAGGUCGCAAGGGUGAUGGCAGCGAUGACUCGGACAAUCAGCCUGCGGGCACGCAACAUUACGAUGCGGACGCUGGCAGUAUCCUUGCGGAUGACGACACCUUCAAUGGCGAUGGCGAUGGUACCGGCUUACCGCCUCACGAGGAGAAUUUCGAGUUGCUCAAGAAUUCGAUUACAGCGCAAGCCGAGGCGACGCAACAGAUGCUCGCUGCAUUGACGGUGUCGACGGACAAUCGCGAAGUGCGCGACGCCCUUGUCCAGUCUGUUCGCAAGACAAACGCUAUGAUUGAAGAACAUUUUGAUCAAGUCAAGGAGCGCGAGCGUUGGCAGACCCGCCGAUUCGAGCGCGAGAUUGAUGCGAAGAAGCUCUGGGAAGAGAAUAUGCGCGAAGCUGCUGCUCAGCAUGCGGUGAUGGAGCAAGAACUGCAGCGCGUCGCCCUCGACAACUCACGCAAGAAGAAGGUGCUCAAGUCGGUCAGGGCGAGCGUCAACACGGGCGCACUUGUCCCGACUGGCUCGCAGCAAGGGAUAUCCGAUGACACGCCUGUAGCCUCGCCAGACAGCGGCGAAAGGCCCAAUCUCAAGCCUUUGCAGCGAACGAGCCGUGCCCUCUCUGACGUCAGCGGUCGUCCCAGACGAGCUUCGAUCAUGCCUGUCAUUCCAGCCGAAGACCUAUCAAAGGCAGUCGAUGAGGUUGUUUCGGACAGCGACGAAGAGGAUGACGAUGACGAGUUCUUUGAGGCUAUCGAGGCCGGUGCCGUUCAGAUCAGAGCAGAUCCUAUCAUUACGGAGAAGAAGGAGCCUGCUUGGCCUGAUCAAAUGAAAGCAAAGGCCGAUGAGCAGUAUGGUGGAUACAAGCAGCUCAGAUCUGCGCUUCCCAUCACGAAUGACAAUCGUCCGCCUGUCAGUCUAUGGGCCAUUCUCAAGGGAAGCAUUGGUAAGGACCUGACGAAGAUCUCAUUCCCUGUCUACUUCAACGAGCCCACUUCUAUGUUGCAGCGCAUGGCAGAGGAUAUGGAGUUUGCGGAAUGUCUUGACGCCGCGGCUACAGAACGCGAGUCGAGCAAACGCAUUGCCUAUGUUGCAGCCUUUGCGAUGAGCAACUAUUCCAGCACAAUUGGCCGUAUCGCCAAGCCUUUCAACCCUAUGCUGUCAGAGACAUUCGAAUAUGUUCGUCUCGAGCGGCACUAUCGCUAUAUCAGCGAACAAGUUAGUCAUCAUCCGCCGAUCAGCGCCUGCAUUGCGGAAUCCCCCGAUUGGUCGUAUUUCGGCGAGGUCGAUGCAAAGUCGAAAUUCCUGGGCAAGUCGUUUGAAAUCCGACCGACAGGUACAGCGCACUGCACACUCAACCUUCCAAAGGCAUGGGCGACGGGUCCAGAUUGGCCAGCAUCAGUGACUCAGCCGGACAAGGUGCACGAGCACUACAGCUGGCGCAAAGUGACGACGAGUGUGAGCAACUUCCUGAUGGGCACGCCUCAGAUCGAUCACUUUGGCGAUAUGGAGAUCACAAACCACCGAACGGGCGAAACCUGUGUUUUGACGUUCAAACCCCGUGGAUGGCGAGGCAAAGAUGCUUGCGAGCUCAAAGGCUGCGUCAAGACGGCAUCAGGCGCUGUCGCAUGGGAGAUCGCUGGCCGCUGGAACAGUCAGCUCGUCGCUCGCAGAUCUGGCGCAGGCCAAGGCGACCUGAAGCCUGAUGACAGCAUCGCAGGCGACAGCGACGAGUACAUCCUGCUCUGGAAGAACUCGCCCAAGCCACCGAACAUGCCUUUCAAUCUCACACCUUAUGCUAUCACGCUCAACGAUAUCAAUGACACGCUCAAGCCAUGGCUACCACCCACCGAUUGCAGACUUAGACCAGACCAGCAUGAAUUCGAGCAAGGUCGCUUCGAACGCGCCAAUGAUCUCAAGACCGAAAUGGAGAACCUCCAACGAGAGACGAAGAAGAAGCGUGAGGCAGGGCAGCUGCCGCCACAUCAGCCGCGAUGGUUCAAGAGGACCAAGGAGCCAGACACUGGAGAGGGUUACUGGCAACCUCUCCGCGGCGCCGACGGCAUGCUCGAGUACUGGCAAGAGCGUGAAAAGGUCGGCGAAGCGAGAGUCAAGGGCGGCAAGUCCGAAUGGCCUGAUGUCACCCAUAUCUUCGGUCAAUACGAGAUCAAAUAG